AUGGCGCGAGUACACCUCUUGAUGUUGGCGCAAGCCUUCGCCGUCCUUAUUGUGGCAGAGGACACCUCCACGCCAAAGCCUAAGAAGGUUCUGGACACGGUAAUGACCCCCAGUUACGUGCCGCCCGAGGAGAAGCACGGGUCCUACUGGAGGAAAUCGGCCGCCGCCACCUUGGAGGCCAAGCUGAAGGAGACGACCAAUACGAACAAGGCGAGGAACGGCAUCAUGUUCAUAGGGGACGGCAUGUCGCUGGCAACGGUGAUGGCGGCACGGACCUUCGCCGGGCAGCUGGAGCGGGGCCUCGGGGAAGAUAACGUGCUGGAAUUCGAGAAGUUUCCGGUGACCGGGCUGGCGAGGACGUACUGCUUGGACGCUCAAGUGCCGGACUCCGCGUGCACCGCCACCUCGUACCUCACCGGCGUGAAGACCAAGUACGGGGUGGUCGGCCUCGAUGGGAACGUAACCAGGGGCGCCUGCAGCUCGCAGCUGCACCAGGGCAACUGGGCAACGUCGAUAGGCCAGUGGGCCUUGGACAAUGGCUUGGACGUGGGGCUGGUGACAACCACGAGGGUGACGCACGCUUCCCCAGCGGGCAUGUACGCCCACACCUCGGAGAGGAACUGGGAGUGCGACGCAGACGUGCCGGAGGAGUGCCUGGCGCUGGGCUGCCGGGACAUCGCCUAUCAGCUGAUCAUGGAGAACCCCGGCCGCCAGUUCAAGGUCAUAAUGGGUGGUGGCAGGCGAGAGUUCUUCCCCAACACCACGACGCCGUUGCUGAAGAGUGCGGGGCAGAGGAGGGAUGGACUCGACCUGGCUGAGAUGUGGCACGAAGACAAGGUCCAGAGGAAUGCUAGCCAUCAGUACGUCACCAACAGGGCCGAGCUGAUGAAGGUGUUCAACUCCAACGACCUCCCGGAGUACAUGCUGGGCUUGUUCAAUGACGACCAUAUGGACUAUCACAUGAAGGCCGACAACCAGCCGACUCUAGAGGAGAUGGUCGAGGUCGCCAUCAAAAUGCUCAACAGGAGCGAGAAGGGCUACUUCUUGUUCGUAGAAGGCGGCAGGAUCGACCACGCGCACCACGACAGCCUCGCGCGCUUGGCCCUCGACGAGACGGUCGAGUACGCGAAGGCGGUGGGGAAAGCGCGCGAGCUCACCGACGGAAGCGACACGCUGAUCGUGGUGAGCGCCGACCACGCGCACACCAUGACCGUGGCCGGCUACCCGUCGCGCGGCAACGACAUACUCGGCGCGGUGGACACCGCGACAGGCUCGGACGCGCGGCCGUACACCGCGAUAAGCUACGCCAACGGGCGCGCCGCGUCGUACGGCCCCGGCGGCAGGGUCGACGUGACGCUGCUCGACGACUUCAAGAACGGCGCUUUAGACUUUUCGUACCCGAGCUUGGUGCCUUUAGACUCGGAGACGCAUGGCGGCGAAGACGUUGCGGUCUUCGCUCUGGGCCCUUGGCAACAUCUAUUCACUUCGAGCUACGAGCAAAGCGCCAUCCCGCAUCUGAUGGCGUAUGCAAUGUGUUUGACGGAGGAGAAACACGAGAACUGCAACAAACACCCCGCUUUCUUUUGGACAUCUAGCGGUGGGAACAUGAAACCGAACGUAUUGAGUUAUUCGUUAAGUUUCAGCGACACAAAGAGGAUAUUGGCCUCCGACACUAAGACGCCACCGAUCUCUAUUCUGGGCCGUUGCUUGCCAGUUGGC